UCGAGCGGUCACACUAAGUCCGAAGCUCGAUUCGAUUCGCCCUGACGCGCGUAACGCUUUUUUCCCGCAUCACUUUCCUCCACUUUGGCGCUGAACAAAUCUGCACAACGAAAAAAGGAUGCACCACACCAAAUACUCAACAAAAUUCGACAACUGCACCUGAACCUGUGUUAUCAGAAACAACUCUUAAUUUACUAAUUCAAGUUUUCCAUCCAUGUAAAAACAAAUAAAAAUAGUGCGCGAACUAAAAACGCGUAAAAACCAGAAUGGGCCUAGCCCGAAAUAAAACAUUUUCGUUUCUUUUUACACCUUUAUUUAACGCAAUCAAUUAAAUCGCAGCGAUUAGUAGGAUUUACUCAAAGUGAAUCGCGUUUAAACCAACUACAAUAAAUGUUAAUGUGAAAAUUGUGCAAUAAUUUAGAGAAAUUUCUAUAAGAAAUUCAUAAGUGAGUUAAGCAUAAAUAAAUAUUAUUGGAAUUACAAAAGAAAAUAAAUGUUAUGCAACUAAAGUUACAAGUUAAAUCAUACAAAUUAACCAAGAAGUAAAUAGCCAACCGAAAGCAGUAAAUACAGAUUGAUGGAUGUACAUUGAAGGAAUGUGUGUAUAUUGUGGAGUUUGAGACCUCGAAACAAGGACUACUACAAGGACACAAGGAUUACUACACCAAGUUUUGCGUUGACUUUAAGGAAAACCCACCAAAAUUAAGAGAACAUAAUCUGAAACAGAAUCACAAAGCGCCCACCUGAGCCCCGCCCCCCGGAAGCACCUGUCCCCGGAAUCCGGGCCUUUUCACCCACGCACGCAAGCGCAGGCUCCCGGGAACCACCAUUAUAAUACCAUUACCCGUAGUACCACCCGGAAAACCCAAAGGGAGCUGGAAAAUUAGGAGCUGCCGAAAUUAUAUUUGCUUUGAUUUCGCCUUUGUUUCAAUCGCCCAGCCGAAAAUGUGGAGGAAAGCGAGCAGGUUGGUCAGGGAAACCACCUCGUGGAAAACGCGUCGUCAGGGACAAGCUGAAGCCCCAGGAGCAGCAGCAGCAGCAGCAACAAUGGCAGCACCAACAAAAUCAUCGACCAGGACGAGGACACCGACUGCACGAGGAUUAACCAUCGUCACAUGGUCGCAGUUGGCAGUUGUUGCCGCUGUUGCAGCACUCCUGCAAUGCCGCGUCUGUCAAGCCGCCGGACGAGCCCCACCGGAGCCCUACUACGGCCGCUACAUCGGGGACUUUACCAACUUUGCCCAUGGCAUCAAGGGUCAAAUCUACGCGGUGGACGAGUCGACGCUGUUCGUAAAGUCCUUUGCGUACGACGGCACAGGACCAGACGCCUUCUUCUGGGUGGGCAAGACGCAGCGGCCCAGUCCCGAGGGCUAUAUCAUUCCCUAUCCGGAGGAGUACACGGGCAUGGAUCCCCCCAUUUUGCAGGCGCACAACCGAACGGACAUCAUACUGCGCUUACCCAUGGGCAAAAGGAUUAAGGACAUUCGAUGGCUGUCAGUGUGGUGCAGACGCUUCACGGUUGAUUUUGGAGAGGUGUUUAUACCAUCCAAUCUGGAUGUGCCCAAGCCGCGGGUUCUGCCCGAAUUCAAGCGAUUGGCCCACGGCCUGCGUUCCAGCAACAUCAGCGUACUGGAUGCCAAGACGUUCUACAUACCCAACCUGCACUACGAUGGAGCUGGACCUGAUGCCUAUUUCUGGGUGGGCAAUGGCAGCGAGCCAAACAUCAUGGGCAUUAAGGUUCCCAAUGAAAGUGGUUCGUUGGAACCUUUGCGCGGCUAUCAAGGAGAAGACAUCGAGAUCCAAUUGCCCGGAAGCCUGACCGUCUACGACAUCGACUGGCUGGCCGUGUGGUGUGUGGAGUACCGGCACAACUUUGGACAUGUCUACAUUCCCAGGGAUCUGGACGUACCGCCAGCCUUGGGUCAGACCAAGAUAACGACCACCACGACUCCUCGGCCGGUGUACAGCAAUUGCCGCGAGAUCCUGCCGAAUAAGCUGCAGGUAAAGUGGGAGCUCCAGGGCGAGUAUCUGCAGAUUGAACUCUUCGGACGUAUCAACGAGGAUCAGUACAUGGCCUUUGGACUCUCCGGGGCGAAUGGCCGACCCCAGAUGUCCCAGUCCGAUGUGGUGGUGGCCUUCUACGACACGGUUGCCCGUGUGUUCCGAGCGGAGGACUACUUCAUUUCGGAUCUGUCCCAGUGUGAUGGUCAGCGGGGUGCUUGUCCGGAUGAAAGGAUCGGAGGUCGCAACGAUGUGAUUGUGUUGAGCGGAGAUAGAAAGAAUGGGGUCACCAGCAUUCGCUAUAAGCGUCUCCUGCAGCCCAAUGAAGCCAUAUAUGAUGCUCCCAUCCCCAUCGAUCGUGAGGUUUCGGUGAUAGCCGCCAUUGGUCCACUUAAUGCCCGGAAGGAGGCCAAUGCCCACUCGCACACCGCCAGUGAUCACAACCAGGACGACAUUCGCAUCAACUUCUCGGCAAGGAACGAUCACGCCUGCAAGAGUUCACUGUACGAUGUGAAGGACGAGAGUGGACCCAAGCCAUGGCCCACGCGCAAAAUCGAAGGUGUCAGGAAGUUCCGUGCCAGCAUUGGACCCACGGGCGGCAAGCGGGGAUAUACCGCCAUUACGAAGGUGCCCUCGUGGGGCAUUGCCUGGUAUGUGAACGAUCUGCUGAUCCCUGAGAUUACUGUGGAGCGUGGCCAGACCUACGAGUUCAUCAUCGAGGGCGGCAAUGAUUCGGGUCAGCCAGCAAGAUAUCAUCCGUUUUAUAUCACGGACUCUCCUGAGGGUGGACUGGGACAGAAGGUGGGUCUAGAAGCACGAAAGCAAAAGGCCUAUGCUGGAGUAGAAUACGAUGAUGAUGGCAAUGCUGUUCCAACAGGAGCCGGUCGUUAUUGCGAAUGGGAGCACCAGACCAUUGAUAGAUCAGCGGAAAUCGAAACCUUCGAGGAAUACAUGAAAACACUGGUCUUUAAGUGUGAGGAUGGCGAGCCUGGUUAUCUCAAUUGGACAGUUCCCAUGAAUGCUCCCGAUGAGCUUUACUAUCAGUGCUUUACACAUAAUAAUCUCGGCUGGAAAAUUAACGUCGUGGACAUGGGCGCCUCCAGGGGAUCGAUAGCCAGCAGUCAUCAGCUUAUCUUAUACGGAAUUUCCACAGUUUUUAGCCUGGUAGCGACAAGCCUACUUUUUAGUGGCCACGUACUUGCCUGAUAGUGCCAGUAAAUGGUCUUACGAUCUAGAUUUCUAGACAAAAUGUUCUACAGACAAGGUCCUGAGAUCUGAGCGCAUAUCCAGAUCUAUACAUAUCCCCAUUACCAUUAACAUAUCCCGCCCAAUUUUAAAGCAUUUCCAUCUUAUCGAUACGAAUUUAUAAUUUCACACUGACACACACACACAGACUUGGGACUUGUCUGUUGGAGGUUUUGGGCCACUUGGCGACUAUCACAACCAGGCUAAUAUCAUCUGAAAAACAUAUCUUGACAAUAAUUCGUAAGAUGUAAAACUGUUGAAAUUGUGUGUGCAUGCGAGGGGGGCCCACUGUACUGCUACAGUGGGCGUAGAAUGGGUGGUUGAGCCAUAUAUAGCCGGAACUUGAUCGGUUGUUGGCAGUAGAUUUUUGUGGCUAGGCAGCGAGAACUUUUUGUACAUUUACGAGUAUGGAAUUCUACUUUUUUACAUGUAUACUUAUUAAAUUUACUUAUACAUCUACAUCUCUAGUACAGUAAAAUUGUAAUUUUUCUAGCAACUACUACGAAACCUACACACAGGCAUGUAGAUACAGAAUCUUGUUUAAUAUGCGGUUCAAUGAAAACGCAAGCCGACAAUAAUAACGCGACACAGCGACAAUAAAUGAAUGAGAAUAAAACAAAAUAAAUUAUGUAUAUGGGCUGCAACUGAAGCCCAGAGACAAUGUACAAUAAGAAUUAUAUGGAUUUAGGAAGGACGGCAGAGAACGGAUGCAAUUUGUAUGACAAUAAUAUCUACAGAUUUGUAAAUUUUGAGAAAGUUUCGCAGACAAUACAAUACUUUUACACAAUUUGAAUGUACUAAGGAACUAAAUACAAAUAAGAAAACUAUGUUAUUUAAUGCUACUGACUACUGUGGUGCUUCUUGUAAUGAUAUUAGAUGAAAUGUAAAUCACACGCCGCACACAAUUAGAAUGGAAUACAAGAAUCCCCCUCUGGACGGGAUGAAGUUUUUGUUAUCAGAUGGUUUUCUUGUAACUUUUUUAACUAUAUUUGCAUAAUUGGUGUUUUUAUAUAAGCAUGAUAUAUAUAUAUUCGUGUAUGUUUACAAUAAGCGAUAUGUUUAUAAUGGUAAGCGAAACAGAGAGACACACAACUAAGAUGUACGACAAUAAGAGUGGACAAAUAAAUAUGCUAGAUACUUGAGAAAUAUUUGACAAGAUAUUGAAUAUGUAAUAUUAUAAACUGAUAAAUAUGCAUGUAUGGUAAAUCUUUUUGAUAGUUGUUUGCAUUCAUUUUGGACAAUGGCCUGGCGUAAGCUAAAAUAAUUCAGAACAAUUAACUUUAUAGCCAGGGCUAAAGGAUCCACAUUAAAUGACCUAAUUUAAAUAAGAGAACUAACUUUCCUAAAAGUAUAAAUGUAUAAAAAACUAUUGGACACUAAUGUUUGUUAAGUUUCUGUUGUUUUGAAUCCUUUGUUUCCUUCUCCUCUAUAAGUUUACAUAUUAAGGGCCACUUUGCUGUAGUAAUGUACAUUUUCAGGCAAAGAUACAGAAAAGUGUAUGGAUCCAUAAAAUAUUACUAUGGAGAGUUUUGAUAUUGAAAUUUGACAGGGUCUGGAGCAGGCUUAUAAGUCAAAUUGAUUUUUGUAUAGUUAAUGCAGCUAAGCGCACAAGAGUCCAGAUAAAAAUUAAACGAAAUCGAAACAAAUGAAAAUGGUAACCAAAUGAAACGAUUUAUAAAUAAAUUCACACCUUUAUAUUCAAUUGAAAUACAUACAUAUACAUAUUUACAUUAAACAAAAGGCAAGAAUAUGACUUUCAAAGAAUAUCCCAACAUAAAAAUUUCCAUGUCGAUUAUAACUUAACAUCUCGUACUUAGAUAGCAACAUUUUUCUGCAUUACCUAAACGAAGUACUUUCAUUAAAAAUAAUAAAAAAAAAA